AUGUCCACAGUUAAAGAGACAAAGUUCGGAGAGCCCACGAUUCUGUACAACGCAGAGCGAGACGCCAAAGCCUACCGGGGUAAAACCUUUGGCCCCGCCGUCCGCGUUUGUAGUUUCAAGGACGACCGCUUCUCGGCAACCGUCUCAUACGUCGGUGUGUGGCACCCAGAUCUCAGCUGGCUCCGCCUCCCCGCUCCCGGAAUGGCCAAAGUCCCCAUCCCUACGCCCCGGCGAAUCAUCUGCUACCACCAAACCCACCACCGCAGCGGCAAGUUCAUCUCCGCACUGCCCCUCUUGACGGAGAAGACGGGCGUGACGCACGUCAUCAUCGCAGCCGUCCACAUCCACUCCCCGCCGAAGCUAGGGUGCAUCUACCUCAACGACGACCCCUUCGACGCGCCCCGGAAUGACCCACUCUGGGCCGAGGGGUCCUUUAUGAAGCUCGACGGGACCCACGCGCGGUUCGACGAGUAUUACCAGCAUCUCAAGGCCAUGAUUACCAAGACGGGCUUAAACGGGCUGGACCUGGACGUGGAAGAGGCCAUGUCGUUUGGAGGCAUCAUCCGGCUCAUCGAUCAUCUCAAGCACGAUUUUGGCCGGGAGUUCCUCAUUACGUUGGCCCCCGUCGCCCCGGCCAUGUCUAACUUGCAAAACCUGUCUGGGUUCAACUACGAAGAGCUGGAAAAGGGACUAGGUGCCCGAGUCGCUUGGUAUAACGUGCAGUUCUACUGCGGUUGGGGUGAUAUGAGCCGGACGGCAGGCUACGAGGAUAUCGUCAGGAGGGGAUGGCCGCCGGAGAAGAUCGUGGUCGGUCUCAUCACGAAUCCGAGGAACGGAGAUGGCUGGGUCGAGGAUGAGCCGCUCAAGAAGACGCUGACGAAACUGAUUCGGACGUAUCCCAAAUUCGGGGGUGUGAUGGGGUGGGAAUACUUUAAUUCACUCACAAGCACGCAUGGGGAAGGUUUUGUGGAAGGUGGCGAUGAUUAA